AUGCAAGUGCAUGGUGCAACUGAGAAGACAUUUGGACUUUUAGAGCUGGGUCUUGCCGCAGUUCCUGUUACCCUUGGAGCCAGGGAUUUACAGCAGCUGAGGCUUUACCUUAGUAUAAAGAGCAAUCACCUCACAGACUUGUACCGAAAAGAAGAGACCAUCAGCGUGGCAGGGAAUGGCUGCAUCCACAGUCCGCGCUUCCCCAGCAGUUACCCCAGGAACCUCCUGCUGACGUGGCGGCUCCACUCCCCGGAGAGCACCAGGAUCCAGCUGGCUUUUGAUAAUCAGUUUGGACUGGAGGAGCCUGAAAAUGAUAUCUGCAGGUAUGACUUUGUGGAAGUGGAAGAUGUAUCAGAGACCAGCACGGUUAUACGAGGACGGUGGUGUGGACACAAGGAAGUACCUCCAAGAAUAACAUCAAGAACAAAUCAGAUAAAGAUAACCUUCAAAUCUGAUGACUACUUUGUGGCUAAACCUGGAUUCAAGAUCUGUUAUUCACUUGUGUGUAGCUCGAAAGAGGCAGAUUUUGCAAACAUUCAGGAAAUGGAUGAUUUCCAGCAUGCAGCCUCAGAAACCAACUGGGAGUCAGUCACAAGCUCUGUCUCAGGGGUAUCCUAUCCCUCUCCAUCAGUGACUGACCCUACGCUCACAGCGGAAGCACUGGAUCAGACCAUUGCUGCAUUUGACACGGUGGAGGAUCUGCUCAAACACUUUAACCCAGACUCCUGGCAAGAAGAUCUUGAGAAUUUGUACACAGACAGUGGCCACCAUUAUCGAGGCAGGAGCUACCACGACAGGAAGUCCAAAGUUGACCUGGACAGGUUGAAUGAUGAUGUGAAACGUUACAGCUGCACUCCGAGAAACUACUCUGUCAAUUUAAGGGAGGAACUGAAGCUGACAAAUGUAGUUUUCUUCCCUCGCUGCCUCCUUGUCCAGCGCUGCGGAGGAAACUGUGGCUGUGGGACUUCGAACUGGAAAUCCUGCACGUGCAUGUCAGGGAAAACAGUGAGAAAAUAUCAUGAGGUGCUGAAAUUCAUCCCUGAGGCUGGGCAUCCCAGAAGAAAAGGCAGAACCAGGAACAACAUGGCCUUAGUAGAUAUACAGCUGGAUCACCAUGAGCGUUGUGAUUGUAUCUGCAGUUCAAGACCACCCCGAUAAAAUAAAUAAAUAAAUAAAUAAAAGAAAAAAACCAAGACACACUAAUUGCAGCUUACUGGAUGUUUACUUUUAAGCAGGAUUGCUCUGAGGACCUUUACUCACUAAUCAUUUGAACUUUGCUACUAGCCUGCCUUUGCAAUUAGCAAAAAUGAUAGCUGUGUUUCAGCAUAGCUGUGCUGAUUAGUUCCAUGGCAGCUAAACAGGUAUAUCAUAGAUUUAUGUAUCAGCAUCCAAGAAUAUAGGAUUAUGGUUAUCUGUAGCUAGGUUCUGAGGGUUGAGGUUUUCAAAGCUCACUUAUAGUCCUUAGGCACUCAAUGCCCACUGAAAUGAAACACCAGUUGUGUAGGAACUUGUGGUAGCUGGCAAUCAAAUAGCGUUGUGUUUCUGUUUCUCACUCACCAGUUCCUACACUCAAAUUCUGCUGCCAUUUCUACCUGCUCAGCUCUCCUGACAGUCAGUAGGGUUUUGUGGGUAUAAAUGAAGAGAGAAUUUGAGCCUGUAUGACUGUAAAAUGGUUUGUCCAGCUCUGAGAGGGAACUUACCAGCGUUCCUGCACAACAGAGUGAGAUAUAAUGAGGAAAAUCCAUCGCUACAUAAAAUAACACACCAGUAAAGUCAAAUCUCACUGUUUGUACUCAAGCAAAUUGUGUGCUGAAAUUAGUAGUUGCUUUGCAUAAGCCGGGACACUGGUGGUGGUAGGGGGGUGCGGAAGCUGGUACUUUUGCCACGGUGACUCCACAGGAGCCAUCGCCCAGGCACUUCUGCAAGGCGGGCUCCCCCCUGGUCCCCCGGUAAAUCCCUGUGGUCUGGGGCCGAUUCUGGUCUCUACCUACCUGGACUGGACUCCUGCUCCUUGCCCAGAGCUGCCCACAGUUGCCCAGGAGGAGCCCCCUCGACAUGAAAAGGGAGAGACAGCUCUCCCCUGUAUCCUCCUCACUGCAGUUCGAGGAUUGCCGUUUCCCCAAGCAGGCGAUGAAGAUAGGGCACUUGUUUGUUGAAAAUAUUGAUGUGUUUUGCAGUUGUGUUACUGGGAAACAAAACUGUGCUUGAGAUUUAAUUAUCAUUAUUUGGUUUGGGGUUGGUUGGUUUGUUUGUUUUAAAUAUGGAUUAUUAUAACUUCAUCAUAUAUGCAUUAAUCUUAGUUAUCUGAGGUUAGUUGUCUCAUUUCAGCUCUGUGUAUUGCCAUGGUUAAACUGUUGACAGUGAAUUUCUUUUUGAUUGCAUUUUGCUGAGGCAUAUUAACUCAUUAAGCAAUGUCUGUCUGUCAUGGAAAACGUGCAUCAUUUAUUAACUUCCAGAAGAAUAUUAUUAAACACCACCUCAUAAUAAAAUAAGCACUUUAAAAGCUACAGCAUAGCUUCCUGUGCCUUUCAGAAUGUUAUGAAAGUGCUCUAGCUGAAAAAGGAAAAAAAAUAUAUCCUUCCAAAUUAGCUUUAAAGGUUUUAAUAUGCUGCUCCAAAAUUGUAAAAUACAGGCAGAUUUAAGUCUGGCAAAGAAUUGGAGUUUUGGUCAUGAAUGUAACAGAGGGAAUGGGGUGGCAUAUUUAAUGGCUGAUGUUUUAUAUUUAAUAGCAGACAUAGGUUGCAUUGAUUCAUCUUGUUUGUGUUGCCUCUUGUGUUUCUGUCUCUCUGAAAGAGCAAAGUAGUUUGACAAUAGUGCAUUAUAAUUAGUGGAAACUGGCACGUACUAUAAUAUAAUAUUGAGAGCCUUUAAGCCCGUGUGUUUUAGCAGUCUACAAUUUUGUUAUAAAAGUGCCCUAAUGUUCUGAUUUACCCUCUUCAUCAGCGCAAGUAUUUUAUAAAUGCUCUUUCAUAAUUUUAGCAAAACUUUACUGAAGCAUCCCUUAGAAAUGUUGUGUUACUUUCUUUCCUGUACUUUAACCUUUGAGAUUCAAAAUGUGUGGGAGUUUUAUUAUUUAUAUUAAUUUUUCCUCUCUGGCUCCCAGAUGUCUAUUUAAAAAUGCUCCUGAAUGCUGACUUGGGAAGCGAUUCAUCAUUUUUCAAAGCAAUUCACGUUAAAAGAUCAGCACUGUAACCAAAGAUUGCCAGCUUCGUUUCAUAUUUCAGGACUAUUUAAAGACGACUUCAUUCUUUUCCUGUCUCUAGCUUAAUAACAAGAUUGACCGAGCCAUUCCAUAAUUUUUAGCUAAUUUUGGAAGAAGUUUGCAUGCGAGACCUUGGCAGUACUGCUUGUUUUUGAGACAGUGCACUCUAAUGUAUAUUCGUGACUGAAUUAUGCCCGAUUUAUGCCUAAGCACUCUGGCCUCGUAGUUAGCAUUGGUUGUAGGAAACAUCAGUUUCAUAUGGCUUUGUGCUUUUAGUGGUCCUUUAAUUCCCAUUCCACAGGGGAGAAUGUGCACCAGGCAUCCACUGCGCCUGGUGUCUCCCACACCCCUCUGCAUGGACGCCCAGUCUCCAA